UUUUUUUUUUUACCUCAGCAAAUCAAACAGCCUCCGCUCUGGAGAACUGGGGCUAAAUUAAGACUCUUAAAGUAAAAUAAGGGACGGGGUUGUAGGCAGAUCGAGGAGGGUUCUGCCCCAGAGCUGACGGGAGAAACGCUUGGGAGCUGGUGUAUGAAUUUUGGCUUCGUAUCCGAGCCCCGCUCUCCUGGAGGUUUAACUUUGGUUUUUUGCGUAUUUCCAGGCCUCUCCCCACCCUCAGCCGCUCUGUCCCAGGGCCUGGGGUGUCCCCUGGUCCCCGUCCCCCCCCGCGCCCUCCCUCCGCUCACCGGCCCCUUCUCCCACGCUGUUUCUGCAGACCCCUGCUUAGUGAGGCUUUUAAAAAAGAUUUUUGAGUUUUCCCCCAGUUUAAAUAUUUAUGAAAAGCUUGACUUAAAGAAGCCCCAAGAAUAAAAGCCUCUUAGUUCCUGGUGGGAGCGCGUGCUGGGUGGAAGAUGAACACAGCUGCCAGCAGUUACCCGAUGGCAUCGCUGUACGUGGGUGACCUGCACCCCGAUGUCACCGAGGCCAUGCUCUAUGAGAAGUUCAGCCCCGCUGGGCCCGUUCUCUCGAUUCGGGUCUGCAGAGAUAUGAUCACCCGCCGGUCCCUCGGGUACGCCUACGUCAACUUCCAGCAGCCAGCAGAUGCUGAGCGUGCUCUAGAUACCAUGAAUUUUGAUGUGAUCAAAGGAAAACCCAUUCGCAUCAUGUGGUCUCAGAGGGACCCCUCCUUGAGGAAGUCAGGGGUUGGGAAUGUCUUCAUUAAGAACCUGGACAAAUCCAUUGAUAACAAGGCACUUUAUGACACAUUCUCAGCGUUUGGGAAUAUUUUGUCCUGCAAGGUGGUGUGUGAUGAGAAUGGCUCUAAGGGCUACGCAUUUGUGCACUUUGAGACCCAGGAUGCUGCAGAUAGAGCCAUCGAGAAGAUGAACGGCAUGCUGCUAAACGACCGCAAAGUAUUUGUUGGGAGAUUCAAGUCUCGUAAAGAGCGGGAGGCUGAGUUGGGAGCCAAGGCAAAGGAAUUCACCAAUGUUUAUAUUAAAAACUUUGGGGACGACAUGGAUGAUGAAAGACUAAAGGAGCUCUUCAGCAAAUAUGGUAAAACUCUGAGUGUUAAAGUGAUGACAGACCCCACUGGAAAAUCCAAAGGCUUUGGCUUUGUAAGCUUUGAAAAGCAUGAAGAUGCUAACAAGGCAGUAGAAGAAAUGAAUGGAAAGGAUAUCAAUGGGAAAAUGGUAUUUGUAGGCCGAGCACAGAAGAAGGUUGAGCGCCAGGCAGAGCUGAAACGGAAGUUUGAACAGCUAAAACAAGAGAGACUCAGCCGGUACCAGGGUGUUAACCUGUACAUUAAAAACCUAGAUGACACUAUAGAUGAUGAAAAACUGAGGAAGGAGUUCUCACCUUUUGGGUCAAUAACAAGUGCCAAGGUGAUGCUGGAAGAUGGACGGAGCAAAGGGUUUGGCUUUGUCUGCUUUUCCUCUCCAGAGGAAGCUACAAAAGCUGUGACAGAGAUGAAUGGGAGAAUUGUGGGCUCAAAGCCGUUGUAUGUUGCACUUGCACAAAGGAAAGAAGAGCGAAAGGCCCAUCUAACUAAUCAGUACAUGCAGCGCAUUGCUGGGAUGAGAGCCCUGCCUGCCAACACAAUUAUUAAUCAGUUCCAGCCUGCUGCUGGGGGAUAUUUCAUGCCUGCUGUGCCCCAGGCUCAGAGCAGACCCACUUACUAUGCACCUAAUCAAAUGACGCAGAUGAGACCCAACCCGCGCUGGCAGCAAGGGGGAAGACCUCAAGGCUUCCAGGGAAUGCCAAAUGCCAUGCGCCAGUCUGGACCACGGCCAGCACUGCGCCAUCUGGCCCCUGCCGGCAAUGCUCCGGCCUCUCGUGGCCUCCCUGCCGCUGCCCAGCGAGUUGGUAAGGUGUCUGCCUCCCAGACUCUUCCCCUUGGCUGUGAGGGAGGAGGAAGCUGUUGAGACUUGACUUCUUCCAAAGACGGUUGUCAGAUGCGGAUAACCAAAGGCCACCUGGAGCAAGGGGCAGAGACAGCACCUGAAUCUCUUCUAUUCCUUGCUGUGCAGUGCAGGUCUGGGAACAGUUGGUGCUACAGCACAGCAGCGGAAAUCCAGAUGGGUUGCUUUCCACUGGUUUGGAACUCAUCUCUACACCUCUGCAA